UAAGUUUCUCUCUUUUUUGAGAUUAUAUACAUCAUAAAAUCAUUCAUCGAUCCCCUAGGUUAUUAUUGUCGUCGAUCUCAAUUCAUUGAGGCCUGAAGAGGCCACACACACAACAAAACAAUGUCGAUCCUAAACCCAUUCCAACUUCUGGAACUGAACGUGAUCUCGGCGCAAGACCUUGCCCCGGUAUCACGUUCCAUGCGGACGUACGCCAUUGCAUGGGUGCACCCGGAUCGCAAGUUGUCGACCCGCGUGGACACUCACGGCCACAACAACCCUACGUGGAACGACAAGUUCGUGUUCCGGGUGGACGAGGAUUUCUUGCAUGAGGACACCUCCGCCGUGAUGAUCGAGAUCUACGCCCUCCACUGGUUCAAAGACGUCCACGUCGGCACCAUCCGUGUCCUCGUCGGCAAUCUCAUCCCCACUCCGGUGAAGCCCCACCACCACCAUCCUCAGCUGGGCAUGCGCUUCGUGGCGCUCCAGGUCCGGCGGCCCUCCGGCCGGCCACAGGGGAUAUUGAACAUCGGUGUGGCGCUGCUUCACAGCUCCAUGCGCAGCAUGCCUUUGUAUUCUCAGCUCAGCGCAUCCGCCGUGGGAUAUAAACAGUUAAUGGGCGAGGACGACCCGCCGCGGAGUCAAACCCACCGGAGUCAGUCAACGUUUUCGAAGGCGGAGCUGAGACGUAGCAAGAGUGACUGCAGCUCCAUGUUAGCGUCGGAGGUCCGGACCAAGGAAUUUACGAAAAAGGACAAAAAGAGCAGAGGGAGCUCGGUGGUCAGCGGGUCCGACGUCAGCAGCCAAAAGAAUAAGAAGAGCCGAUCCAAGGCCAGCUCGUUAAUCAACGGCUCAGAAAUCAUCAGGGGAAGGGGUAGAAAAGGGAAAGCCAGCUCCGUGGUCAGCGCGUCAGAAUUAAGCCGGACCAAGGGUAAAAACGGAAAACCAAGUUCCAUACUCAGCGUCUCCGACGUUGGUGGGGCCAAGGACAAAAAGGGAAAACCAAGUUCCAUACUCAGCGUCUCCGAAAUCAGCAUCAGCGACCCGUCAAAGAGAGGCGGUAGGGAUCCGAAACCGACGAGCGGAUCCGAACCCGACGACCCGGUGAGAAAGCCCAAGCACAACGGGAACUACAGAGCCGCGGUCGUACACGACAUCGUGGCCGCGUCGCCGUUAUCGAAGCCGUCGCCGAAGUACGUGGUGGAGAGUUACGGAAAUACCCCUGGGCGGAGGUCCUCGGUUCCGGGGAAGUCGCCGUUCAAGAUGGGGACGUACGACCAGUACGUGACGCCGCGGAAGUCGAAUCUGAUGGUGCCGCCGUACCUGACGGAGUCGGAGCUGGGGCCGUCGCCGUCGGAGGUGGCGGCGGCGAUCGCGAAGGAGAGGAUGGACCAGGACAACGAGAGCUCGGUGGUGGUGGGGGCCUGGAACGAGGACGAGAGCGUGGAGGGGCUACAGUCGAAGCUGGAGCGGUGGCGGACGGAGCUGCCGCCGGUGUACGAUCGCGGCGAUUUUUCGAGCUUUCCGAGCAGCAGCGAAGGGCACCACACGCGGCGGCACACCGACGGAGGCGGCGGCCCGGGGCUGUUCUCGUGCUUCAGUAACAUCUGCGGCGUGGAGUGCUCCAUCGUGUGCGGCGGCGGCGACGCCGGUAAGGAUCGGAAGAAGGCGGGGGGCAGCAAGAGUAGCGGUCCAGUCGGGCGGAGCCCAUCAGCGGAGAAUCUGAGCUAUGUUUGAACUUGAGCUGGGCCGGGUCGGGUCGGGUCCGUUCUCCGUUUUCUUUAUUUGGGUGGCCUGAGAAAAAAACUAACCUUAUUGGGUUAAUGCUAAUCUUUGGGUGGACUGGUAAAGCGGGAAGGUGGUUCGUUUUACGAAAGGGCGUGGGCGCAGAAUAAGGAUGUGCGCACUAACGAGUUGGUCUUUGGUUCUCUUCCCUUUAUUCUUUAAUUCUUUUUUCUUUUCUUUUUUAAUUUUGAAUUUCUUAAGUUUCUGACUGAUCGAAGCCCAAAAACAAUAGAAGAAAGGAUCCCCCAAAUUCAAACUUGGAAUUUGUUAUUAUUGAUGUGAAAAAUCAAAGUGUAUCAUUUAUAAAUAUGAAAUUAUGAACAAUUAUAAAUCA